GAGGAUUAUUGUUUUUUUUUCAGUUGCGUCAGAAAAUUUGCGUUGAUAGGACAAGAGCGUAUUUUAUUAAAGUUAAUUUUGCCAAAGAAAUAGUCCUUAUAUUGUCUUUUUUUAUUGUUCGAUUAAUUUUAGAAGUGUUAUAGUGGAAAUUUAAAAGAAUAUUUCAGAACCAUGAUGAACACAGGCAAUGUUUUACCUGUCCCUGCGAUUUUAAACAUCUUGAACGACGAUAAUAAUAACUACAUUAUGAACGAAAAUAUGGAUGGACCCACUCAAAGGGCGAGAAAAAGACGCCUAGAUCAUCUUAGCUGGGAGGAAAAAAUACAAAGAAAGAAACUGAAGAACAGAGUAGCUGCUCAAACAUCCAGAGACAGAAAGAAAGCGAAAUUAGAACAGAUGGAAGGUGCUAUUCAACAGUUGUUCAGCAAGAACGAGACAAUUUUGGCAGAAUGUGAGCAACUCAAAUUGGCCAACGAGAGGUUACAGGCAGAGAAUGCAGAGCUGAAGGCAAGGCUUCAGGGUAUCGAACAGUGUCACUGCCAAAACCGGCCUGUCGUGUGCAAGACCGAGAGAGGAUCGACAGAGUCCCUCCUUCGGCCGAGAGGAACGGUCAUGCACACAGCAGCGGUUUUGGCGCAGCAGAGACGACGCAAAGCGGCCCUAUUGAAGGUGAUCCUGGCAGCCUGCCUUCUCUACCAGACCUCCUCGAAGAGCUCGACACAGAGUCGGUCGAUCUCAACGCCCUCGAACAGCUCACACAGACUCUGCUCGAAGACAUUGCGAGGGAUCUCGAAAGUGCUUCAGAAAAAGCAGCUCAACAGGAACACACAGCAAAUGCCAUUAGAUCAGAAAAUCAAGUUGGGCAAAUGGUGGGGACGGCAUCAGAAGUCUUGGAACCCGGUAGAAGUAAAAAGCUAGAGGACAGCAAGUCGAAAAGCACUCUGGAACGAGAUAUUUCAGAGUACCUACUGCUUCACCAUAACUACGCCAAAUCCCGACCAACGGGAAAGUCAAAAAGUACGUCUCGAUGCACUAAAUCAACACCCAGUAUAAGAAAACUGAAAACUAUCCGACCAAAGCAUAGGAAAAUCGUCCAGAUGCCUGUCGAAUCUGAAGUUCUUUAUGGAACAUUACAACCA